AAUGGAAUUCUUGCAAAGCCGAUAACAAAAUGCGUCGUUCCUCAUCGGUGAGCCGAAGAAUCAAAUCUUGAGCUUGCAGCUUCGUCAGGGGUUCCGAAGGCGAGGCCGUGCUGAACGACGUCCGCCGCUUCACGUCACGUGACUUCCACGCGGGGAACGUCACGGCAGUCGGCAGACGCCCGCGUGCUGCUUGCGAACUAGAACCGCACGUUCGUAUGCCACUCACUUUUAAACUACGCGCGCUCUGCACAUUGCGAAGAACGCCGACCUCGUGGAGUAAAGGAACACAUCCCGAUAACAAACACAAUCGCGUGAAGCCUGGAAAAGCGCCACGGCCCAUCGAUUGUAAUAAAUUUGGCAUCCAAGGUAUUAUCGUAUUGAAUGACAUAUCAGUCUUUAGAUUCCCCGAGAUCAACUUUACAGCCAAUAGCAACACAAUUUAACCGUUCGAUACCAUUUUACUCAACGUCAAAGACUCUAUUACAGGCUCGUGGCCUACAUCAAAGAUUAUCCACCUGUCCACCUAAAUAUACAGACCAAUCUGAUCCGCUGACAAAUUUAUCUCGCUCAGCGCGCAUGCGUGGCAUACUUCUUAAAAUUAUAGAUAUAGCUGAUUGGCGCAUAAUCUAGCAAGAGAGAUAGGAUUUAUUAAGCGUUCAGAUUACGUUUCCCUCUGUAUUCUGUGGAUUACGUUUAUUUGCACAGCAACGUUGAUAGAAACAUUAUUUUUGAGAAUUAGUUUUUACAUUGUGCAGUUGGCUAAACAGUUUAUCAUAUAUAAACACUUCCUCCUUGUUUUGUGUACACGGCAAAGGAACUGGGAACACAGAAGUGCAGGGCAGUGCAAAGUGGAAUAACGAGUGAAACUAGAAGUGAACAUUGACAAUAUUUGCAUUGACUGUCAGAAGAAAAUUGAAAGCAGUGGAAACAGUGAGCCCGGUAGAUUUUUGAACGCCAGACAUGGCGGCUUCCAGCAGUAGCGAGUCGCAGGCGACCAUUGCCCAGCGCACCUGGGAGAUGGCCAAUAACGUGGAGACUAUCAGCAGCCUGGAUGAGGUGUAUCGCUACGACAGACAGCAACAACAAGACAUCUUGGCCGCCCGGCCGUGGGACAAGGACCCACACUUCUUCAAGGAGAUCCGCAUAUCGGCAUUGGCCCUGCUCAAGAUGGUGAUGCAUGCUCGCUCGGGGGGCACACUCGAGGUGAUGGGGCUGCUUCUGGGCAAGGUGGACGCAAACACCAUGAUCGUGAUGGACUCAUUCGCAUUGCCUGUGGAAGGCACAGAGACACGCGUCAAUGCCCAGUCCCAGGCCUACGAGUACAUGACUGCCUACAUCGAGGCUGCUAAGCAGGUGGGGCGGCAGGAGAACGCCAUUGGCUGGUACCACAGCCACCCGGGAUACGGGUGCUGGCUCUCUGGCAUCGACGUCUCCACCCAGAUGCUCAACCAGAACUUCCAGGAGCCAUUCGUAGCAAUCGUCAUUGACCCAGUACGCACUAUAUCUGCCGGCAAAGUCUGCAUUGGAGCAUUCCGCACCUACCCUAAGGGGUACAAGCCUGCCAAUGAGGAGCCCUCAGAGUAUCAAACUAUCCCGCUCAACAAGAUAGAGGACUUUGGGGUGCACUGCAAGCAGUACUACUCGCUGGAGGUGUCGUACUUCAAGUCGUCGCUGGACCGCCGCCUGCUGGACUCGCUGUGGAACAAGUACUGGGUGAACACGCUCAGCUCGUCCAGCCUGCUCACCAACGCCGACUACGCCACGUGCCAGAUCUUCGACCUGUCCGACAAGCUGGAGCAGUCGGAGGCGUCCCUGGCGUCCCUGGGGCGCGUGGGCUUCCUGCUGGGCGCCAGCGACCCCCACGAGAAGCGCACCGAGGACAAGCUGCUGAAGGCGACCAAGGACAGCUGCAAAACCACCAUCGAGCUCAUCCACGGUCUCAUGGCGCAGAUGAUCAAGGACCGGCUCUUCAACCAGAUCAAGCCUCGCAGCGAGGCCCCCCAGUAGUUCACUCUCUGCUGUGUCGUCGCUUUGAGAGUGUAAGGGCGUUCUUGUUACUGGCAAAAGCAAGCUCGUGUGCAGUUUUGGACAAAACUCUGAUCCACCACAAGAGAGUGUAUCACCGUGGUGCUGAACUUGCUGCGUAACUGAAGAAAUCGUGUGUACUUGGUUGCACCCACCCUUAUGAUCCUUCUACACUCCCAACUCGCAACACAGUAUUAAACUGCAAUUUUUUAAAUUAAAUUCGGUGUGACCUUUUCUUGAGAAAAUCAUAUUUUUCACAGUUUUGGUUUAGAAAAACAAAUUGAGUAAAUAGUUUUUACACAAAUUUAACACAUUAUUUGAAGUAGAUUGUCAAUUUGAUUUUCAUCUCCUAAUUUAAUUUCUAAAAUUCUUGAAAUAAAUGCUGAAUUAAAGUUUCAUACCUUUA